GGCUGGAAGCACGUAAAGUUGAUUUGUGGCGAGUGAUUUUGGGAGUGUUUGUACAUGUCGAUUAUAAAAUUUUGAUAAGCAGUUCUUACAUGUUUGUUAGCAAUGCAUUAUGAAUCCGGAGAUUUAGUGAGUCUAUUAUUCUGUACAGACUCAUUUAUAUAAAGGAAAUCUGCUUGAUUAUUAUGCGGUAACUGCGGCUUGUACGCCAAUCACAAAACAAAAGACUACACGUUGGUGCUUGGCAUCAUUGCAUCUUUUUUAUGAACAUGUAGCAUUUAAAUUGUUUCAAAGUUAAUGAAACUAAAUUUCAAGCACUGCCGAAGUUUGUACUUGGUCCUCGCAAGGGUGAUCACGUAGUGAAGCUGCAAAGACAUAAUUGUGUACCAUUGUAAAGAAGAAGCCUUUCCAUGUGUUGGGGGAUGUGUUGAAUGUCGGCCUGUUAACACUGGUUAACUUCAAGCUAGUUCUCUCAUAGAUACAAAGAUGCCUCGUGUUCGGCGAGCAGUGACUUUGGUAGAUGAUAGUUCUCGAAUCUUGGCUACCCCUGAUAUGGCCACUACCAAGCUAGGUUCAAGGGCCUAUGUGGAGGUCAGUAAUAACGCUGAUAUCUCUGUGGCACAGUCACAAUCACAUAAUGGCCUCACGUUGAUCAGUCCUUCAGCAUAUCAUCUGCUUGAUCAUGAGUAUGGCCAGACCCCACAGCACCAAAUCAUACGAAGACCUACCGCAGCUCCACCAAGGACUGAGGCAGUGAAACGACGGUUAAACCUUGAAGCAUCUCCUGCCAGUGAAGAAGGAUUCAAGACUCCUCGCUCCACAAAAAGAAUUCGAACCGUCUCCAGCUCCAGUGGGGCUUCAUCUUUCAACUCCAGUCCUGCAUCGAAAGCUGUGUUGCGUAAACCUAUGGAGAGGACACGAUAUGACACUUCGUUGGGUCUUCUAACCAAGAAGUUUGUUGGCUUGCUUCAGUCAUCACCAGAUGGAGUGGUAGACCUGAAUGUAGCAUCUGAGUGCCUUGAUGUUCAGAAAAGAAGAAUUUAUGACAUCACAAAUGUGCUUGAGGGAAUUGGAAUUUUAGAGAAGAAAUCAAAGAAUAAUAUUCAGUGGAGGGGUGGCCAGAUUCUUAGUGAUGCAGGUUUGACAGCUGGCAGUCUGCAGAAUGACAUUGAAGAUCUUGAAGCCAAAGAAAACAUGCUGGAUAAGCUGAUUACAAGUGCUGAGUGUAACCUCCGGCAAUUGAGUGAAGAGAAGCAGUAUGCGUACAUAACAUACCAAGACCUGCGUGGCAUCCCUGAGUACAGGCAUCAAACUAUCAUGGCCAUCAAAGCACCACCAGAGGCCAAGCUACAAGUGCCUCAUCCCAGUCAAGGCCUGCAAAUGUAUAUGAAGAGUGAAAAUGGUGAAAUAGAAGUAUUCCUCUGCCCUGAAGAAACUACAGUAAAUGAUGGUAAUAGGGAACAUGUCUCUGUAAAUGAACCUACACCAUCAUGUUCUGCGGUUGAUUAUGGUCAUCAGCAAACAAUAUCUGGGUCAGUAGUGGAGUACAAUACUGAUCUGGUUGUUGCUGCUUCUGGUUCGGAUCCAAGCAGUCAUAUAGAUAUGGUGCAGCAGCAGAUAUCAAGUGAUUAUAUGGUAAAAGAUGAACCAGUGAGCGAAGAUGUGGAAACCGUGUCAAAACUUACUAGGAUACGUAAUGUGCUAAUAUCAGAGCCGGAUGAUUUUGAACCAAUGGGUGGUGGAAGGUUUCAGCUUCAGACUGAAGAUCAACACAACAUUAAUAUUUCAGAGAGUGACUCUGUCAUCGACAUAUCAGGAUUGUCUGUUCAAGGUUCAUUCAACAAUGAACUCUUCCUCCCACUUGAGCCUCCAUUGUCCGAGUCGGAUUACAGCUUCAGUUUAGGUGAUGGAGAAGGACUAAGUGAUCUCUUUGGUUUUGAAUUCUGAGGAAGAACUGAAACUGAUCUACAAAACCAGCUGCAUGAGAUAAAUGAGAAGAAACCUGUGUUAU